AUGUCACCUAACCCUUUCUUUGGAGGACAAGGCGGACGCACAGAGCUUGAAUGUAUACCUUUGGUCCAUCUCAACACCUUGGAAAAGCCAAGUCCCCUUAGAAUAAUCAAGAAGAAAUCCAGAUUAGACAGCCGACCUUCUCACCAAGAUAGACGGGGGGUUGUCAGUUCAGGAAUGACGAAAGCUAGAGCGCCUUCAGUCUCAGAUUGCUUGACGCCCACGAAACAUAUUCCAUCCAACUUACAACCUUGGUUACAAAGUAUUCGAAGCGCUGAAAUUCCACAAUUUCAAUACACCAAUCGAAACAUCGUAGCUCGAGCCAAUUACCAAGAUGCGCAAAAUCACGCCACAAUUGAAACACGUCAUUCGUCCUCUCAAUCGAGCAAUUCCUACGAAGGCGCCUCGUUUCCAAACUCAUCGGGCUUCAGCAACAAUCGGACACGAGACACUUCGUUAGAAUUUGAACAAUCCAGGCUUAUUGGAUCUGAUGGUUUAAUGCGGCAGACAUCGUUAGGCGACGAUCAGGAUAUGGGCUUUCAGGGCAUCUUACCACAGGUACUCGCGCCGCAUGUUGAUAUUACCACAAAUACUGGUGGCUUACUUUAUGAUGGUUCUGAGUACAUCUGGGCCGCAGUAGAGAUAUCUGGCAAAUUGUCUCAUACGUACUCGGCAGAUGCCGUACCGAACACUACCACCAGCUUUGAUAACGCAACCAGCGACGCUAUUGACGACCAGCUAGAUUGCUUCUUUAAGCAUGGCCGCUUGUACGAUCUCUCAGUAGAAAUACUCUCGUCUUCGGAUACAGAGAUUUCCCAAGUUCUACACCAUCAUAAGUUUCCAACUGCUAUUUACUCCGGCUCAACUAUACUGUUACUGGUAAAAGUUCGCUUUUGUCAGCAAUGGUACACUUCUUAUCCAAUUACAGGACACGACAAGCCAAGGUCUGACCAGCUGAUUGAAGACCUAGAGUCACAACUAGGCAAUACCUCAGUACCGUAUAUGCAGAUUAGAAUAACAUAUUCUCAUUCUGCAUUUGCGGAAUACUCUGAAACACUAUGCCCCAAUGGUGUCUCCUACCUGUCUAGCCGCUUGGAAACAACCGCAACGGCGUCGCUGAAACGACAUAACCGGCAAUCAAACUGGUGCUCACCACCUCUAGCAAAUACAGAUGCAUUAUUUGAAGUGAUGAAGCGCCAUUGGGAUAUUGAAAGAGCCAGUCGUAUCUUUGAACAAAUACAAUCACAGAAGGGUGUAAACCCAUCACUGACACCACGGCAUACGAGCAGCUGUAGAGUAGAUGGGACAUCAUUGUCGCCUUCAAAUUUCCCAUCACAACUCUCUCCACCCCGGCUUAGUCUAAAAGAGACAAUACAACUUUCCAAGAAACGAGUCAGUGGGAAGAGUCGCCGAACAGUUUCUCAAGCACCACAGCGAACGGAGCCAGAAGAUCACAAGGUUACUAAACGACGCUCGCUCGGCAACGAGUUCUUGCGGGGGUUAAUGCCAGCAUUUGGUGGACUAUCGGUGGAAUAUGACGAAAGAUGCCUUACAAAUGAGCUAUCUGGCACACCAAUCUUUGCGCAGAGCAGAAAAGAUGCUUGGGUAUGGGACUGGGGCUCGUGGUUUUAA